AUGACGUAUAAUUAUAAUUACAAUAAUAGGCAUAAUUCAGUUGGAGGGAACUGGCAAUUGCCCCUUCCACAAGGUUUCAGUGGAGUUGGUCCCAAUUAUCGACCAGAUGGAUCUUUGCUAAAGCUAGAUGGCCAGCAGCAUCCACAGCAUCCACAGCAUCCACAACAGCAACAGAUUCCUGGAUUCAGGAAUCCGUGGUAUUCCCCAAGCGCUACGGGAAGCUCUGGAGGGCUCUCUCCCACAGGUAUACCCUCUAGGUCUCCGACAAGAAACCAGCAAGGUAUACCGCUAUUACAGCAGCAAUCUAAGAGAACUUCUUUUGCAAAUCAAUUGCCCACUACAUAUGAAUACAAUGACCAGCAAGUGAAUGUACCUCCAUUUAUUCACCCUCCUACAAGAGCUGAUAACCCAUUUAACCAAUACUACUCGAAUCAAGAGGUUAACCUUGGAAAUGACAGAAGAAUGUCAGCAGCGGUUGACAAUCUUCAAGUUAAUCUGUCAUUAAAUCAGUUGCAACCGCAAACUGGUAUCGCCUACCCUCCUCAAGAUUUAAAUGGUGCUCCCUUUACUUCUCAGGGCAACAAUCGGAGAUCGUCGGCCACAUUUGGCCAAGGACCUGAGCGCAUGAACUAUUAUCUGACUGGAAGAACGUCCAGAUCUCCUCUGGUAGUUCUGUACCAGCAGUUUCAGCAGCUACUACAGUCUCAAAGGAUAUCAGGGAAGAGAGGUCCAGCUCCAAAAGCUUCCAAGGUUUACAACAAACUAGAUCUUAAACCAAAGGUGCACCAUCAGCCAAAAUAUAGAAGAUGUUCCAUAAAUUCUAUUCACAUAUCUCCAGUAAAUGCAUUGUCAGUGUACUUAACUGACUCAUAUAGCAUAUGUCAACCAAAGAAGUUUCAAUAUUCGAAGUCAACUAAUCCAAAGAGAGUAUUAACGAAGCCACUGGAAGCGAGAUUUAAUAAUGGAAAUGACAACGAGGAUAGUGAUUACAUUCUCUAUGUGAACGAUAUAUUGGGAUCAGAAGAAGGAAGAAAGUACAUGGUGUUAGAUCUUUUAGGUUCUGGAACUUUCGGUCAAGUUGUGAAAUGUCAAAAUUUGAACAAUCAAACGGUUUGUGCAGUUAAAGUUAUCAAAUCAAAACCUGCUUAUAUGAACCAGUCUUUAACUGAGGUAAAACUGUUAGAAUACUUGAAUGCCAAUAGUAAUGGAAACAGUUUUAUUAAGUUAUUGGACACAUUUAUGCAUAAGGAGCAUUUGUGUUUAGUGUUUGAAUUAUUGGCCUCGAAUUUGUAUGAAUUAAUCAAGCAAAAUCAAUUUCAAGGACUAAACAUGAAGCUAGUAAGAGUAAUAGCAAAGCAGCUUUUAGAAGCCAUGUCACAAUUGAAGAGUUUUCAGAUGAUACACUGCGACUUGAAGCCUGAAAAUAUAUUGCUUUGCCAGCCCGAUAAGCCGGACAUUAAAGUGAUCGAUUUUGGAUCAGCUUGCUUCUCCAGGCAGACAAUAUAUUCUUACAUCCAAUCUAGGUUUUACAGGUCUCCUGAAGUGAUUCUAGGAUUACCUUACACAGAAUCGAUCGAUAUGUGGUCGUUAGGCUGUAUUGUUGGAGAAUUAUUCUUGGGCUUACCAAUGUUUCCUGGUACUUCAGAAUAUAAUCAAAUAUGGAAGAUUGUGGACAUGCUAGGAAAUCCUCUGAGGCACAUGUUGGAUCUUGGAAGAAAUACUUCCAACUUCUUCAAUAAAUUACCUCCGAAGUCACCAGAUGGUAAGCCGAUCUAUCAAAUCAAAACUUUCGAGGAAUACGUAGAACAUGCUGCGAAGAAUGGAAAAGAAAGCCAGCUGAAAAAGGAACAUAAGAAUAAAAAUUAUUUCAAACAGAAACACUUAAAAGAUAUUAUUUUAAACUACAAGCUUCCAUCUAAGAAAAUGACCAAUUCAAUGAUAGAAAAAGAGUGUCAGGACAGGUUAUUAUUAAUCGAUUUUCUAUCAAAAGUUUUGAAUUUGAAUCCUUUGGAGAGAUUGACACCUCAAGAAGCAUUGAGACAUCCGUUCGUGAGUGAUUCAAAACAGUUUAGCCCUUAA